AUGGAAGGAAUCAAAAAGACGGACGAUUUCAAUGCUCCCAAGCAAAUGAUGGGAGGAGGUGAGGAUCAAAACAUUGCUGGAAAUCUCGCAAGUAACUUGUCAGCCUCUGGUGGUCAAUACGUCGAUGUUGGAGGAAGAAAAGAAAGUGAAAAAUCAAACAUUUCUCAAAAUAAAGAUCAACUCAGAGUAGGACCUCGUGACCAACCCAUUGAACGUACCUCAAACAUUUAA